CAUCGACAAGUCAGGGAGUGUUACGUACGUUUUUUGUGCCAUAUUUUUCAACUGAAUACUGAAAUAUGCCUGCCGUAGGAAUCGAUCUCGGGACUACGUAUUCCUGUGUUGGUGUUUUCCAACACGGUAAAGUAGAAAUAAUCGCUAACGAUCAAGGUAAUCGAACAACUCCGAGUUAUGUUGCCUUCACGGAAACCGAAAGACUCAUCGGGGACGCUGCCAAGAAUCAAGUCGCCCUCAAUCCUGCAAAUACAGUUUUCGAUGCAAAGCGUCUUAUCGGACGAAAAUUUGACGAACCUACUGUACAAUCGGACAUGAAACACUGGCCUUUUAAGGUGAAAAACGAUGGCGGAAGACCGAAGAUUGAAGUGGAGCACAAAGGAGAAACAAAGUCGUUCUUCGCAGAGGAGAUAUCUUCAAUGGUUCUGACUAAAAUGAAGGAAACUGCGGAAGCUUAUCUUGGCGAGAAAGUGACUGACGCAGUUGUCACUGUUCCAGCAUAUUUCAAUGAUUCACAGAGGCAGGCCACCAAAGAUGCCGGAAUUAUUGCUGGGCUUAAUGUCCUCCGCAUAAUCAAUGAACCAACUGCUGCAGCCAUUGCUUAUGGUCUAGACAAGAAGAGUGGUGCUGAGCGUAAUGUUCUUAUCUUUGACUUGGGUGGUGGUACCUUUGAUGUCUCGGUUCUCACCAUUGAUGAUGGCAUCUUUGAAGUGAAGUCAACUCAUGGAGAUACCCAUUUGGGAGGUGAAGACUUUGACAACCGCAUGGUUGAUUAUUUCAGGAAAGAAUUCUUAAAGAAAUACAAGAAAGAUAUUUCCAGCAACAAUCGGGCCAUGCGUCGCUUGAGAACUGCAUGUGAAAGAGCCAAGAGGACCUUGUCUUCUAGUACCCAAGCCAACAUUGAAAUAGACUCUCUCUUCGAGGGCAUUGACUACUAUGUAACAGUCAGUCGCGCAAAGUUUGAACAGGUAAAUGACGACCUGUUCCGUGAUACCAUGGAACCAGUAACCAAAGCCUUGAAGGACUCCAAGUUGGAAAAGGGAGAAAUCCAUGAGGUUGUCUUGGUUGGUGGCUCAACUCGAAUCCCAAAAAUUCAAGACCUGCUAAAAAACUACUUUGGCAAAGAACCAAACAAGAGCAUCAACCCCGACGAGGCUGUUGCUUAUGGUGCUGCAGUCCAGGCAGCCAUCUUGCACGGUGACAAGAGCGAAGCUGUCUCUGACCUCCUGCUUCUGGAUGUGGCUCCCUUGUCUCUUGGUAUCGAGACAGCUGGUGGUGUUAUGACAUCUCUGAUCACACGAAACACUACAAUCCCAACAAAGAAGAGUCAAACCUUCACCACAUAUGCAGACAACCAACCUGCUGUGUUGAUCCAGGUAUACGAAGGUGAACGUAGCAUGACCAAAGACAAUCAUCAACUGGGAAAAUUUGAGCUGACUGGCAUCCCUCCUGCUCCACGUGGUGUGCCACAGAUUGAGGUCACAUUCGACGUUGAUGCUAAUGGAAUCAUGAACGUUUCUGCUGUGGACAAAAGCACUGGAAAAGAGAACAAGAUUGUCAUCACAAAUGACAAGGGACGUUUGUCCAAGGAAGACAUAGAACGCAUGGUGAAAGAUGCUGAGAAAUACAAAGCAGAUGACGACAAGCAGCGUGACAGAAUUCAGGCCAAGAAUACCCUGGAAAGUUAUGCUUACAACAUGAAGAGCACGGUCGAAGAUGAGAAGGUGAAGGAUAAGAUCAGUGAUGAGGACAAGACACUCAUCACCGAAAAAUGCAAAGAAGUCAUUGACUGGCUAGAGAAGAACGAAUCUGCUGAAAAGGAAGAGUUGGAGGCAAAGCAGAAAGAGGUUGAAAAGGUAUGCAGUCCCAUCAUUACAAAGCUGUACCAGGCAGCUGGAGGAGCUGGUGGAAUGCCUGGUGGCGGAAUGCCUGGUGGGGGUAUGCCCGGAGGUUUCCCUGGAGGACAAAGUGCACCUCAGUCUGGAGGAGAAUCUACAGGACCUACCAUCGAGGAAGUGGAUUAAAUUGUCCAAAUAAGUGUCGUGAACUACUUUGAUGCAAUAACGUGCUGUUGUUGAACAUACCUAGAGUAAAACUUUUGCAUGUAUUACUGUUUAGAUGUUGACCCAGAUGUUUUGCAUUCUUCACUUAAGUUGAAUUUUUGGUUACUGUUGUAAGUUCAGUUCCUUAUUACAAAGAAAUAAUAAUAAACUGCUUUUGUGAACCAACA